AUGAAAAAUAAAUAAACUUAAAUUGCUUCUAUAAAUUGGAGAUGUAAUAAGUGCAAUAGAAAAUUUGAUCUUAUAUCUGGAUGUUGUGUUGUUAUUUCAUAGACUAUUAGUUAAAUAACCUGUCAUUCAUGUGUUAAGGUUUUAUAAAAAUAAUCUUAAGUAAAUGUUGAAUAGAUAAGUGAAAUUGUGUAAGAAUACCAGCAGAUAAAAGCAUUCUUCAUAUCAAAUAAUUUAGUUGAAUUAACUUCAAAUACAAUUUUUCUAAACAAACUUAAUAUUACAGAGCCAAUUAAAGUUUUACUUUAAAAUUCAAAAGAAUUUCAAUAAAACAACAGCUUAACUGAGGCAGAUUUAUAAACUUAUUGUAAGAAGAGAAUUCUUUUUAAACAGUUAUUUGAAGAUCAAAUACUAAUAUAAAAAAUUGAUAAUGCUUCCAUGAAUUUAUAAAGCAUUAUUAAAUAAUAUUUUUAUGAUGAAGCAUCAAUUCCUGUUCUUUGUAUUAAAAUUCCAAAAUGCUAAUAUCACAUAUUAUAUUCUAAGGUUUUAUCAAAUUAUUUCUUAAUCUUAAAAUACAAAACUGAAUCAGAAUAUAUGUCUACUCUCAAAAAUAAAGAGGUAUUAAAAUAAAUUAAGAAUCAAGGAUAUGAUCCAAUUAUUUUUAUUUCAAUUUAUGACUUGAGUAGUAAAGCAAAUAUCUAUGAGGAUAUUUUAAUUGAAUCUUUAGACUUAGAUUAUUUAAAUGAUGAUCUAAUUCAAUCUUAUUUACUAGAAUAAAGGAAUAUUAUUUAUGUCUGCGUAGAAGAUACUUAUUAUUAGAUAAAUUUAAAUCCUAGAUAAAACCCAAAAUUAAUUAAGAAAAAUGUAAGAUUUUAAGUGAUUGGAGACAACCUCAUUUAACUAGAAUUAAAUGGUUAUCUAAAAUUUAAUCCAGAUGAUAAUGAGAUAAUUUAGAAAUAGGGUAUAUUUACAAGUAAUCGGCCAAAUAAUGAAUUUUUCAUUUCCUAUAAUUCAAUUAUUAACUCAUUUAUCAAAUAUCAUUAAUCUCUUCAAAAUAAAAAUGAAAUAUUUGAAGUUAUACAUUUAAAUAAAUUAUAAUGUAUAAAAAGAAUUAUAUUUGCUAAUUAUGAAAAAUAUAACUACAAUAGCAUUUAUCAUAAUUAUUCAUUCACAUACAUAGUAAAAAAUAAUACUAUUGUACUAACACGUGAAUCUUCUAUAUGUAAAUCAUUUUUGAUACUUUUAAAUUUAAUAACUAAUAAAAUUAUUAGAAAAAUACCUAUUUCAUCUAAAAAAUGCAUUCACAAUUCUUAUCUUUUAAAAAAUUAGACAGUGAUAUGUUUAAAAUAUCAAUAAAAUCAAGUAGAAUUGUAUCAUAUUUCUACAGGAAGACAAAUCCUUCUAUUUGAGUAGUAUGAAAUAUAUCCAAUAAUGUAAGAUGAAUAACUUGCAAUAUCUAUAAAACAAGAUGAUAUAAAAAUAUUUGAAUUGGCCAAAUGA